UUUGGUGAUAUCCAGCCUUGUCCACUCUUGUAUGUGUCAAAAUGUCCUUAUUUGUUCAGUCACAGCAGCAACCAGAUAAACCCUGUUUUUGUUGUCUUCCGUAGUAUAGAGGUUGCUCUUGAUUUAUGAUAACGCCUGUUGCAUUUGCACUGCAUGGGUGGUUAUUCAGACUGCAAUUCUUGAACAUUUUAUCUUCUAUUGGUUAUUCUCCUCCCACUGUCCAUUUCAGUUUGAAAACAUACUGGUGAUUCUCCAGGUUAUGGGACAUGAGAAGUGGCAAAAUCGUCCAGACACUUGGGACCAAGUUACCUGUAACAAGUGCUGAAGUCAGUGAGGAUGGCCGAUAUAUAACUACUGCUGAUGGGUCCACUGUUAGGUUUUGGGAUGCAAAUCAUUUUGGUUUGGUGAAGAGCCACAGCAUGCCCUGCAAUAUAGAAUCGGCUUCACUGGAACCAAAGCAUGGUAAUAAGUUCAUUGCUGGAGGAGAAGACAUGUGGGUUCAUGUUUUCGAUUUCACUACAGGAGAAGAGAUUGGAUGCAACAAGGGUCACCAUGGUCCAGUCCAUUGCUUGCGAUUUUCUCCAGGAGGUGAAUCUUAUGCCUCAGGAUCUGAAGAUGGAACCAUCAGAAUAUGGCAGACGCCUUUGAAUCAUAAUGAGCAUGAUACAUCUCCUGCAAAUGGACCAACUGAUAAUGUGAAGGUUGCAGCUGAUGUGGUCACACAAAAGAUUGAGGGCUUUCAUCUAGCCAAAGAAGGCAAGGCAGGCGACAAGGAAAAGGCAGCAGAUGUUUGACUAGGGAUAUUGUGCGUUUUUUCUUGGCCUGUUUAUGGAGUUGUAAGAAUGUGUGUCUUCAAUGGAAUUAUCCUUCUUUGAAAUGGAAACAACUUCUAAAGAUGCACUUCUCUUUUGUUUUCGCAUUUCUUCUCUUUGCUGCUUACAAAGCAGCAGAACCUAUUUCAGUGUUGGAAAAUGCUAU